AUGUCUGCCGACAAAGACGUAAAAGACAUCGUUGCUCCCAUGGAGAACGCAACAAUCGCCACCGAACAGAAGGCCGAACAAAUUGUUGACCCUUGGAACGUCCAGGGAGCUGUGGUUGAUGGAAAGCAGAUGGGUAUCGACUAUGACCGUCUGAUCGAGUCCUUUGGAACCCGCCCCAUUGACGAGGCUGUCUUGCAGCGCAUGGAGACCUUGACUGGACGCAAGCCCCAUGUCCUCCUCCGUCGUGGCGUGUUCUUCUCCCACAGAGAACUGAACAGGAUCUUGGAUCGAUAUGAGCAAAAGAAGCCCUUCUACCUUUACACAGGACGUGGACCUUCCUCCGACAGCAUGCAUUUGGGACACAUGAUUCCCUUCUUGUUCUGCCAGUACCUCCAGGACGUCUUUGACUGCCCCUUGGUCAUCCAAUUGACCGACGACGAAAAGUUCUUGUUCAAGCCCAACCUCAAGUUGGAAGAGUGCAUUCGUUUCUCUCGCCAGAAUGCCAAGGACAUCAUUGCUUGCGGCUUCAAACCCGAUAAGACCUUCAUCUUUUCCAACCUCGAGCACGUCGGAGGUGCUUUCUACCACAACGUCGUCCGCAUCUCUCGCUGCAUCACCUACAGUCAGUCCAAGUCGACUUUUGGAUUCAAUGACAGCGAUAACGUCGGAAAGUCUCACUUUGUGUCGAUCCAGGCCGCCCCCUCGUUCUCGAACACCUUCCCUGCCAUCUUUGGCGAUCGUUCUGACAUUCCUUGCUUGAUCCCUUGCGCCAUUGACCAGGAUCCUUACUUCCGUUUGACGCGCGAUGUUGCCCACAAGCUCAAGUACCCCAAGCCUGCUUUGAUCCACGCUAAGUUCUUCCCCGCUCUUCAGGGACCCGGCACCAAGAUGAGUGCCUCGGUCGACAGCUCGGCCAUCUUCAUGACUGAUACACAGGCCCAAAUCAAGAACAAGAUCAACCGUCACGCCUUCUCUGGCGGCGGAGCCACUAUGGAGUUGCACAAGGAGCACGGCGGCAAGCCCGAGGAGGAUAUCCCUUUCCAGUACUUGUCGUUCUUCUUGGACGAUGAUGAGGAGAUUAGCAGGAUCGAGAAGGAGUACAGAGCGGGUAUUCUGUCGACUGGCGAUCUCAAGAAGCGCUGCAUUGAGGUCCUCCAAAAGUUUGUCAGCGAAUUCCAGACUCGCAAGGCUGCCGUUACGGAUGAGAUUUUGAACCACUACUUCACCCCUCGCUCGAUGGGCGUCGAUCUUUCUGCCAAGUAG